AUGCUACCUUAUAAGGAGCGCCAGGCGCUGUUGCUUGAUUGGGAAAAGACACAGCGGUUGAUUCCUCGGUACGAACAAAUGAAGGCGGAUGAUCUGGAGACACGCCUCGCCGUCUUUUUAACCACGGAAGGCAUUGUGGAUGUGACGGAGGACGAGGUGUUGAAUAGCAUGAUGGGAGACGGGCGAUAUUUCCUUGAGGAGGGGGUAACUGGUUCCCCAAGGACAACGCGAGUGGCGCAGGAGGUGUAUUACGGGGAGAACCUCUUCCGGUUUGCGCAUGCCGGGGUGCUGGCACAGUUCCUCGCCGGCACAGACAGCGGGUUUGAUGCCCGGGAAUGGCUGCAGUGGAUCGGGAUCCAGGUGCUGCCCAAGGAGGGAGCGGAGCCGAUUACUGCGGUGCUGGAGGGCUUGGCUCCGGGUACUCCAUACCAGCGGCUGCGGAUGGUGGUGAUUGAGUUGGUGGGGUAUAGUGAGCAGGAUCUGGGGCAGCUGCGGGAAUUGGUGACCAGCAGGCGGAUGCAGCGGGCGAUACGGAGGCUGGAGGAGCGGCUAGACCUGGGGGUGCUGGUGCUCGAAAAGCUCCCGGGGAUGGUAGGGCGGGUUUGCCGGGCGGAGGGUUGGACGCGGCAGGGAAAGGAGCAGAUCGAGGAGAUGUGGAGUGAGUGGGAGGAGCGUGAGUCGGAGCGUCAGAGAAUUAUGGAGGCAAUGGGGGAUGCAUUCUUUGAUAAUGGGCAAUUCAUUUUUUGA